AACAAGCAGAAAAUAUCAGAUAUGGUAAAGUGCUAAAAUGAGUAUGAAGCAGGGUGAUAUAGUAAAGGAUGAGAUACUUUAUGUUGUCUGCUCAAAGCUUUGCCAAGGAGGUGAUAUUUAAGGGGAGGGCUGGUAAAAGAUGAGGUCAGAGAGGUAGCUGGAGGGGGCAGUGGGUGAAUUAUGUAGGGCCUUGCAGGCCAUGGUGAGGGUUUUGGAUUAUAUUCUGAGAUGGGAGCCAUUGGAGAGUUUUAAACAGAAGAGAGGGAAUGCUGUUAUUUCUCCUCGGCUCAUUUGAGCCCUACAUGAAGAGUUACUCUAUAUUGAUUGUGAGCCUAUUGUGCUCUGGUCACUGGAGUGGGGAGGAAAUAGGUAGGUCUUCAAGGAGCUUCCAGGCACAGGCAUAAGAGGCACAAACAAACCUGGAGUCAGGAGAGGGUUCAAAGGAUGGAGAUUUUGCAUCCAGUUGACCAAGGAAGGCUUCCUGGAGGAAGUAGCUUUGAGAAGGGCCUCAGAGAGCAGAUUAUAAUAGAUAUGUAGGAAGGGGAAUGGGAAACAUUGCUCUUCCAGGCAGAGGAACAGCCUGAACCAAGACACAAAUGCCCCAAAUGUGUGUAGAGAAGUCAGGGGAAAGGAGACAGAACCCGUGGGGGGAGUGAGAGUCCGGCUAGGUAGGUAGGGAGUCCGCGCUCUUCAGAGCAAGGCCCUGGACCUGGCCAUUUAUUUGCUGUGUGACCUUGAGCCAGUUGCAUUACAUUUCUGAGCCUCAGCUUCCUCAUUCCUAAAAGGGAAAUAAAUGGUUAAAUGCUGGGGGAGAGAGGGAAGGAGGGAGGAUUCCAAGUGUUGGGGAUGGGUGAGUAAGACCAGGAUAAUGCCUACAGAGGAAGAAAACAGUCGAGAGGGGCUGGAGUAGGGGGGAAGAUAGUGGCUCAGCUGAGUUUGGGUUCCCUAUGAGACAUCCAGGAGGGAUGAACAAAGGACAUUUGUGGCCAGAGGCACAAAGCACGGGGUUGGGGGACAAAGGUAAAAUUGUCAGUGUGCUUCUUUCAUUCAUUCUUUGAGUAAAUCACUACAGAACCACUAUAAGUAUUGAGACCAAAACAUACAGCUGUGAACAAAACCGGACUCUGCUCCAGGAAGUUACCAUCUUGUGGGGAGAGAGACCCACAAGCACUGAUUACAGGAUGAUGAGAAUUGUACAGUAUGAACAAUGUCAUGAGGCACCGGCUGGCACAGAGGAGAGAGGCCAACCCCACUUCGGUGGAAGGAGUGGACACGUUUCCGCAAAGAGAAGACAGUUGAAUUUGAUCCCGAGGGUGAUAUCAGAGUUGGACAGUGUUUUGCAGGAGGAGGUCUCAGCCAAACUGGAGGUGGGGUCUCUUGCUGAACUCAGGUCAACAGGAGGAUGAGAGGAGAGGCCUGGCCUGUGCAACCUCUGGGCAGUUCCCCCAGGUGAUUCUGAUGCACAGCAAGAGACUCCCUGAUCUGGUCCAACCCUCUCAUUUUCAAGAUAGAGAAACUGAGGCCCAGACGAGGAACUGUCUUUUCUCAUGCAUUCUUCGAGUCUUGGUAACCGGAAUGUUUUGUCUGUUUGGGCUCCAAACGUUCAGUGGGACAGGAACCAAAGUUAAGUACCUCAUGACAAGUCCAGACGAACCUGAGAAAAUUGUGAGCUGUUGACUGCACUGCCUCUCUGAAUCAGCUGGUACUUCUUUUUGUCUCUAGUUUUAAAAGCUCCCCAGAGGGGACUUCCCUGGUGGCAUAGUGGUUAAGAAUCCACCUGCCAAUGCAGGGGAUACAGGUUCGAUCCCUGGUCUGGGAAGAUCCCACAUGCAGUGGAGCAACUAAGCCCGUGCGCCACAACUACUGAGCCUGCACUCUGGAGCCCACGAGCCACAAGUACUGAAGCCUGCGUGCCUAGAGCCCGUGCUCCACAACAAGAGAAGCCACCGCAAUGAGAAGCCCACACACCACAACGAAGAGUAGCCCCCGCUCGCACAACUAGAGAAAGCCCAGGUGCAGCAACGAAGACCCAAAUACAGCCAAAAAUUAAUUAAUUAAUUAAUUAAUUAAAAAAAAAAAAAGCUCCCCAGAGGCGACCUGAAAUCUAGAAUCUUCUCAGAGUAGGAUGGAGGAAAUUAUUCUGAAGUUCUCAUUAAACACAUUUAUCUCUCAAGCUUUGGAAGGAGCCAAAAUGCCAAAGGCAAGAAUUCCAGAGCACUACCUACACUGUUUUGAUAUCCUGAUAAAUGUCUAACAAAUCCAGCAUGUGUCCUCUAGGCCUGACCAGUUGCUGGGCAAAGUUCCAGAACAGUGAGACAUCUUGGGAUUCAUCUGGUUUAGGAAAGACCUUUAACUACCAGGUGGUAGUCACCUCAAUGUUCUUUAAAUAGUCAAAUUUGGGGCUUCCCUGGUGGCGCAGUGGUUGAGAAUCUGCCUGCCAAUGCAGGGGACACGGGUUCAAGCCCUGGUCUGGGAAGAUCCCACAUGCCGCGGAGCAACUAGGCCCGUGAGCCACAACUACUGAGCCUGCGCGUCUGGAGCCUGUGCCCCGCAACAAGAGAGGCCGCGAUAGUGAAAGGCCCGCACACCGCGAUGAAGAGUGGCCCCCGCUUGCCGCAACUAGAGAAAGCCCUUGCACAGAAACAAAGACCCAACACAGCCAAAAAUAAAUAAAUAAAUAAAUAAAUAAAUAAUCCUUCCCUCUACUUAAAAAAAAAAAGUCAAGUUUGGAGGUCUCUUCACUGGGGUCUGUUCUGGUGGCUGCCUCCCACUAGCGUGCAACAGAAGGAUGACCUUAUUCUGUGAGAGGACAACUGUGAAGGAAGGAGCUGCGUGUGUGAAAGUCUGUGGGAAGAGAGAGCCACCUACAAUGUCCCCACCAAACCAGUCAGUGGAAGGCCUUCUGCAGGGAGCUCCCAACAGAUCCCUGAAUGCCACAGAAACUCCAGGGGCUUGGGAGCCAGGGACCCUCCAAGCCCUCAAGAUUUCUCUUGCUGUGGUCCUUUCCAUCAUCACACUGGCCACAGUACUUUCCAACGCCUUUGUGCUUACCACCAUCUUCCUGACCAGGAAGCUCCACACCCCGGCCAACUAUCUCAUUGGCUCCCUGGCCAUGACUGACCUCUUAGUUUCCAUCUUGGUCAUGCCUAUCAGCAUCGCAUAUACCACCACCCACACCUGGAGCUUUGGCCAACUCUUGUGUGACAUCUGGCUGUCUUCUGACAUCAUGUGCUGCACAGCCUCCAUCCUGCAUCUCUGUGUCAUUGCUCUGGACAGGUACUGGGCCAUCACUGAUGCCCUGGAGUAUAGUAAACGCCAGACAGCAGGCCAUGCGGCCGCCAUGAUUGCCAUCGUCUGGGCCAUCUCCAUCUGCAUCUCCAUCCCACCACUCUUUUGGCGGCAGGCCGAAGCUCAUGAAGAGAUGUCGGACUGCCUGGUGAACACUUCUCAGAUCUCCUACACCAUCUACUCCACCUGUGGGGCCUUCUAUGUCCCGUCUGUGUUGCUCGUCAUCCUCUAUGGCCGGAUCUACACGGCCGCCCGGAACCGCAUCCUGAAUCCGCCAUCCCUCUACGGGAAGCGCUUUACCACAGCCCGUCUCGUCACAGGCUCUGCGGGGUCCUCGCUCUGCUCGCUCAUUCCCAGCCUUCACGAGGGGCACUCUCAUUCCGCCGGUUCCCCUCUCUUUUUUAACCACGUGAAGAUCAAGCUUGCGGAUAGUGUCCUGGAGCGCAAGAGGAUUUCUGCUGCCCGAGAGAGGAAAGCCACUAAAACCCUAGGGAUCAUUCUGGGGGCCUUUAUCAUCUGCUGGCUGCCCUUCUUUGUUGCAUCUCUGGUCCUCCCCAUCUGCCGGGACUCGUGCUGGAUCCACCCGGCCCUUUUUGACUUUUUCACCUGGCUAGGCUAUCUAAACUCCCUCAUCAAUCCAAUAAUCUAUACUGUGUUUAAUGAAGAGUUUUGGCAAGCAUUUCAGAAAGUCGUCCAUUUCAGGAAAGCCUCUUAGUCUUGUUUGGUGGCGACUCGUUAUCUUUUAUGUCCUGUAACCCAACUGGAAUUGUCUUUUUUAUUUUUCCUGAGAGUUGGGUUAGUCCUGAUAUCUUGGGUUUUGGUUCAGUCAAUAGAAUUGUUCAGCGUU